GUCUGCAUGCCAGUGCAGAGCUGUUUGCUAGAGCGCGAGCUCAGCUGGGCGCGAGCGGCACCGUGUACAUAGUAGCGCUUCUUUUACUGCUCGCUCCGUAAAAGUGUGUAUCGUUGUACAUAGAAAAUAUUAUUAAUAUAGAUGCUAAUUAUUUUGAAUGAAAUAAAACAAAUAUUUUCCCACACGGUUUGCAUAAGGAAUGACUUGUAAAUGCAAAUUUAAAAAACAUUCCUACUGUGGAAGGAGGUGGAAUUUGUUCGUGUGUUAAGACACGUCAUAGUAAAUAAAAGUUAUUCUUCAACACCUCGCUGCUCAGAUCCGGCAUCAUGGUGAUUAUGACAGAUAGCAGAACGUGCUCUCAGUCCAGUCCUACCCAGGCCAGACCUCUGCAGGUCGGCUUCUAUGAGAUCAUCAGAACGCUCGGCAAGGGAAACUUUGCUGUGGUGAAACUGGCCAGACACAAAGUAACGAAAACACAGGUUGCAAUUAAAAUAAUUGAUAAGACAAGACUGAACUCAGCCAACCUGGAGAAGAUCUACAGAGAGGUCCAGAUUAUGAAGCUGCUCAAUCACCCUCACAUCAUAAAGCUCUAUCAGGUCAUGGAGACCAAAGACAUGCUGUACAUUGUGACAGAGUAUGCAAAAAACGGAGAGAUGUUUGACUAUCUGACAUCUAAUGGACGGAUGAGUGAAAGCGAGGCUCGUAAGAAGUUUUGGCAGAUACUGACGGCAGUGGACUACUGCCACAGGCAUCAUAUUGUCCACAGAGACCUCAAAACUGAAAACCUGCUGCUUGAUGCCAAUAUGAACAUCAAACUGGCAGACUUUGGAUUUGGAAACUUCUAUAAUGUUGGGGAGGCUCUCUCCACGUGGUGUGGGAGCCCGCCAUAUGCUGCUCCAGAGGUCUUUGAGGGGAAGGAAUAUGAAGGGCCACAGUUAGACAUUUGGAGUCUUGGUGUGGUUCUUUAUGUGCUGGUCUGUGGGUCCCUGCCCUUUGAUGGGGACAGUCUUCCUUCCCUGAGACAGAGAGUGACGGAGGGCCGAUUCAGAAUACCAUUCUUCAUGUCACAAGACUGUGAAAAUCUGAUUCGCAAGAUGCUGGUGGUGGAUCCAGCCAAGCGAAUCAGCGUGGCACAGAUUAAGCAGCACCGUUGGAUGUUAGCGGACCCCAGCGCGCCCCAGCAGACCCUCUCCCUGUCCCUUACCGAUUACAACUCCAACCUGGGAGACUACAGUGAGCCUGUUUUAGGCAUCAUGCAGACCCUGGGCAUUGACAGGCAGAGGACCGUGGAGUCUCUCCAGAACAGCAGCUACAACCACUUCUCAGCUAUCUAUUAUCUGCUGCUGGAAAGAGUGAAGGAGCACCGCAGCCAGCAGCUGAGCCUCCAGUGUGGGGCCUGGAAUCAGAGAUCCAGGAAGGCGUCCGAUUCCUCCACGCCAGAGGUGAUCAUGGAGUCAUCUGACUGCUUCAGAAGCUCUGGCUUCCCUGUCGCCAAUAAGGUGAACACUCCUGUCCAUUCAGAGAUGGAAUGUGAACAAGGAGCACUGUUUCAGCGUGUGGUGUGUCCAGUGGAGGCCAGUCUGAGCGGGCUCCUGUGGAACCGAUCCAUCUCCCCUAACAGCCUGCUUGAGACCACCAUCAGUGAGGAGGUGCGACCUCAUGACCUUGAGGAGGAAGAGGGGAUGCUGCAGGUCCAGCCCCCCCAUCUGCCCAGCACCACAUCCCGCAGACAUACGCUCGCAGAGGUCUCCGCCCGAUUCCAGAAGUGCAAUCCACCCUGUAUAGUGGUUAGCCCAUCAGAUGGUGCUUCCUCUGACAGCUGUCUAAAGUCCUCCUCAAACCCAAACCCAGCUCUCUCCACUGCUGUUGGAGACCUUUCAGCAUUGUUCAUUUCUGGGACUGGCCCAGGGGCCUUGGCUCCUACUGGGACAACCCUUGCACUCUCCUCCAACCUGCUCUUGCAGAACCAAGGCAGCAUGCUGGCAGCCAGCUUCCAAGAGGGCCGCAGGGCUUCAGACACCUCCCUUACACAGGGACUGAAGGCGUUCAGACAGCAGCUGAGGAAGAACACGCGUGCGAAAGGUCUGCUGGGGUUGAACAAAAUCAGAGGUCUGGCACGGCAGGUGUGCCCACCGACCUCAUGCUCCAGGGGCAGCCGGGGGUCACUCGGGCCAACCAUGUGCCCUUCCUCAAGCCACCAAAGCUCCAGUGGCCCCCGAGAACGUAGAAGCACGUUGGAGGAAGUUCUACACCAGCAGAGAAUGCUACAAAUUCAGCACCAACCUCAACCCCAAGUCCAGUCUACACCCCAACAGCCUGUACUCUUCCUCUCCCAGUGCAACCCCUCAUCUUCACCUUCGAACAAUCUCUUCGCCCCCGCUGCCCUCUUCUCCAACCCCCCCACCCAGCCGAUCCUCCCUCCAUGCCAGCAGACCUCCAUCCCUCUCCAGCACAACCUGUGGCAGCAGCCAUCUCUCGACUCCUCCAGUUCCUCCCUCUCGCCCAUUGCAUCCACUGCCCAUCUCCUGGAGGCUCGUCUGCACAUCAGCCAACGUCCACACCUACACCCUCAGCAGCACCUGCAGAUCCAGCCCACCAUCCAGCCACAGGGGCCUUUCUCCCUCCUGGCCCACCAGGGUGGUUGGAGCCUGAGCACCAGUACUGAGGAGCCAGAUGUCCAGGAGCUGGCCUGUGCAGGUCAGAAGCAGCAGCUCAGCAGCUGUGUGAUGGUCAAGUAAAGAAAGCAUAGACAAUGAGGAGACUCAUAGAAGCUUGAUCAAUUUUAGAGUGGUGCUGACUGCCUCCACCACUCUUGAAUGAAAGGUCCAGAAUGAGCCAAUGGACAAUGAUGAUGAGCAGAGAACACUUUAUGGGCACCAGAACCAGAAAGCAUCCCAUUUUGAUGAUGCACUCAAUAGUUUUCUGAUACAAUGAAGAGAUGCCGAUUUUACUCUCUGAAACAACGUGCAAUUCCACGUUUUUGUCGAUAUGUGUUGGAACGACCAGAGAGUACCAGAAGAAGCAAUAACCAAACUCUUCAUUUGAACCCAUGACCCUAGCCAGGUGCUCCUGUCUACACAGCAAUAAGAACAGGCCACUGAACAAGGCACUUAAGAGAGUUUUCAUCAAUUUGUGAGUGAGUUCACUCACUUCAGUUUGUACAACGUGUUAUACUGGCCUCCAUAAUCUCAAAUGAUUAUGUCAAAGACAUUGAAGCAUGUUUUUCCUCUGUACAAGUACGAACAUAGGAUAUUUAUGUCUUCCGUACAUUUUUUAUUUUUUUUUCCAAGGAUUUCCUUUCAGGGCUUGAGCUUUUUUUCUUUUCUUUGUCAGUUUGUUUGUUUCUCUCCAGAGAAGACCAAAGUUGAUUGCUGUUUGCAUGUUUUUUUUUUUUUUUUUUUUUUUUUUUGUUGCACUUUUUGAUUUGUUUCCUAAAAGUUCUUGAAACAAAAUGCAGUAUCUGACUUAUCCUAAACUUCCAAAACCAAGGGGAAAAAAAUACUGUCAUUUUAUCAUAUGCGAUAUGAAAAUGCAUUGCGCAUAGAAGCAAAACUAUGCAGCCAAUGCUUUGUGUACAAUGAUGAGGCCAUCAGAGGGGCCUUACUAGGAGGGGAAAAUACAGACAAAUAAGAGUAAGCUAGGUAUAAGCACAAGAGGUACUGCAGAGAUGUUCACUAAACCAGGUGAGGUUGUCUUCAUAUACUUUCACGGUCUGUGGCGAUGACUUUUAAUGCUGCUUAAUGUUUUGCCAGGUCCAGACAAAGACACUAGUCAAUUAGAAUCAUACAGCAUCAUACAGAAGUGCACAUACCAAUCAUUUUUGGCAGUUAAGGAAAUUAGAAGACAUUGUCGGGCCUAAUUUAGAAAACUCCUUUUCUAUUAGCUCACUAUUACCUCUUCGAUAAAUGAUCAUUCACCUCAAAAUUGUACCAGAACAUAGACUGUGUGAAGACAUUAGGGCCAUUACAAUGUCUUGUGCCCUUUGACCUUCAUUAAUGGUGUACAUUUGCUUUUUAAAUCUUUUUUUAUUUUAUUUCAGUGAACAAAGAAUAUGAGAAUACUGCAAUAUUUCACAUUCAAAUGUAAAACCAGGAAAGGAAGCUGUUGUAGGAAAGCAAAAGGUACUUCAUGCUUGAUCAUGUUAUUCUAUUCUGUUCUUUUUUUCUUUCUUUUUUUUCUUUUUUUAUUGUAUGUACAAUAUUAUUUUAAUUAUGUAUUCUGCAUGAGCAUAGGAAAUAAGAGCCUGGCCAUUAUGUACAGCUCAUUUGCAGUCUAUCUGACACAGGUUGCCUUGCAUCCUGGCAGGCUUUGUAAAAUGGCUGAACUAGAAAAAUGACUUGGAAAGCCAAAGAGAGAUAGAGAGAGAGAGAGAGCUUAUUGAAGAUCAAGAGAAACAUUUCUGCUUUUUCUACAGAACAUUUCUCAGUUUUUAAUGAAGUGUAGCGCUUUCAAAAUCAGUCUUAAUGUCUUACAGAUACAGUAGCUGCCUCGUCUAUCUGACAAAUAUUGAAAAGCAAUGUUUGUAGAGAGCAACGGUCCUUGUAGUUUUUCCUUGAUUAAAAUGCACACACAGACGCAUACACACAUAGCUUACAACAUAGAGUCUUGUAGCAAUAGAGUUUUAUAUCUUUAGUUUAAAAAGAAAAUAUAGAUAUCUCUUUGCAUAAUAGAUAUCUAGGUGCUAGAAGUAGAUUUCAGAAGUGUCUCUGGGUUUGUGUGCUGUUUAAAUGAAAUAAUAGUGUGUUACCAUUAUUGAAACUCCAGCAUUGGAUUGAAGCACCAUUUUUAUAGGCCUAAAAUAUCCUAUUGCAUGUCUUGUGAAUUCAACAUAUUUGUGCAAUGGUUUCUUGUAGUUUAGAAAAACACUGUACUGUGUUGUUUCCAAAUUGGGACAUUAAAUGACAGUAUUUGAAACAAGUGCAGAGAAAGAUGAAUUGAAGGUAAAGCUAUUGAAGCAAAUGUUACAGUGUUAACACCCUUCCUUUUCCUCUGUUUUCUCCUCACCACCAACACUUGUGCCUUUUUCUGAACAAAUCCAAUAGUGGUGAAAGUUUUUUUUUAGGUUUGAUUUUAGGACAUCAGAAAGUACCAGAGUUGUGAAUCAUAUGCUUUUGUUAGAUUGAACACCCCAUUUUAUACAUUCAUUUGUGUUGACAAUAAUGCACUUUAUGAUAACAAUUGCUUGUUUUAAAAAUAGUGUUUGUUUCCACUGCUGGUUUAAAUAAGUCUAUAGUUAUAUUGAGGUUAUUUUUGAAACACUAUGUUUUGAUGCAGAACUGUAAAGAUUCUUUCCUGUUUGUUUCUUUUUUAAUUUUUGUUAUAUUUCCCUGGUUUGCUUGCUUACUGUAUGUGUGCUCACAAAGUGAGAGUGAUUGUACAUGGUUGUGUGAAAAAACCUGAGAGAUAAAGUUUUAUUUAUGUGGCUAUUUAUUUGAAUAAAAAUUCACCUC